UUCUCUUUCAUUUGAAAGCUGGCCUCAGCAUGCUGAAUACCAUGGCUGUGGAUGUAGCUACCUGGGAUGGUAUCUAUCAAAUCAGGAACUACACCACGCCCUUCUUGCAGAACUUUUUUGGCGACACCAAGUGUUGCUACGGUGUGGCUGUGAACAUGGGUUUUGACAAAGCUGACGUGGAGCCCUUUGGCGGUUGGCAAGGAUUCCUGGAUGCUCAUCCAGACAGUUGGGGCGACGAUCGCAUGGUGGGCGAUGUGGUGUUGAUGGACACAGAUGCGAAUGGAAAUCCCACCGUGGUGGGGGUGGAGACCGAGUUUCCCAAUGGCUCCAACACCAACAGUUGGAUCGCGCGACCCCUGGAUGAUGUGCGCUACUUGCCCUUAGCGCCCCGGCCUGGACCGCCGGAAAGGGUGGUGAAUUCUUCGGCGAGAUUUCUGGGGGGUUCUAUUCAUGGCAAAAAAUCGUCAUUGAUUUAUAGCUGGUGGUGA